UGUGGAUGAUGAUCUUGCCCUCGUUAGACUCUUUUAGAAAAAAAAUUACGAAAGGAAAAAUCCGAUUAAAUACAAUACGCUAUUCAAUGGUUUUGUAGUUUGGUUUUAACAGUCGAGGGCGGUUGGUGAGACUGGUUGUGGAUAUAAAGUAAAAUGGUUCUGGACCUACGGAUCCUCUUGAGGCAGCGAAAAUCUUCCGUCAUAACUGAAUUUUUGCUUAUAUUUCUAAUAUGUACUAUGCUGACCUGGUUCCUCCAACUCUUAUGGCGGAAAAGGAAAUUAUAUCAGGCUUCACUAAACUUACCCGGUCCCUUUGCCUUACCAAUAAUAGGAUCGGCGUUUUAUUUUAUUGGAAAACCUUAUAACAUUUUUGGACAAAUUAUGCAUAUGUUCAAUAACUAUCCGGGAAUCUUUAGAGUAUGGUUUGGGCCGCGGAUGUUUUACGCAGUUUCCGAUCCAAAGUAUUUGGAAAUUAUUCUUACAAGUCCCCAGGCUUUAGCUAAAGAAAAUUUGUAUAGAAUGGCCCAACCAGUUACCGGACAUGGCUUAUUUUCUACUUUAUCAGUGGCUCAUUGGAAGAAGCAUAGAAAAAUAAUCAAUCCGACUUUCAAUCAGCAAAUCUUGGAUAGAUUUAUGGUGGUGUUCGUUGAACAAUCUGAGAUACUUAUUGAAGUUUUAAAAAAAUAUGCCGGUAAAGAAGAGCAUGAUAUUCUAAAGCUGAUGACCAGAUGCACUUUGGAUAUUAUUAGUGAAACUGCUAUGGGGGUUCAAAUUAAAGCUCAAUCCACAGAUACGAGUUUUCCUAAAUGGGUGGACAGAUUAAUGGAAAUCGUUAUGAUAAGGAUAUUCAACAUCUACUACCAUAGCGACUUUAUUUUCGCCAAUUCGCGUCUUGGCAAAGAAUUUUAUGACAUUACAAAUAAAGUGAGGACCUUCACCAAAAAUGUUGUCCUUGAAAAGAAAAAAAUUCGCUACAACGAAAAAUUUGAGAAUAAUGAAGUUUCGUCUGAUGCAGAAGGAACAAUGCUUAAAAGAACAGCUUUUCUAGACCUCCUAAUUGACAUUAACUAUGAAGCAAAAAACUUCCAGUUCACUGACGAGGAACUGAUGGACGAAACAAUUACUUUUAUGAUCGCGGGUUCCGAUACUACUGCCUCCACGAACUGUUUUGUUUUAACAAUGCUAGGUUUACAUCAAGAUAUUCAAGAAAAUGUAUUAAGAGAGAUUCUUGAAGUAGUGGGAGAGGAAGGAAGCGUUCAACUAUCCCACCUACCAAAUCUAAAAUAUCUUGAAAGAGUCAUUAAGGAAACCUUGAGGCUGUUUCCAAAUGGUCCUUUCUUAGUGCGAACGGCCCAAGAAGAUAUUGACCUCGGUGAUUGCACUAUUCAAAAGGGUUGCUCCAUAGUAUUAGGCGUUUUAAGGUCACACAGAAAUGAAAAAUACUGGCCGGAUUCUCUUAAAUUUGAUCCCGAUCGAUUUUUACCUGAAAAAGCUGCUAAGAUCUUACCUGGUUGUUUUAUACCAUUUUCCUAUGGACCCAGAAACUGUAUUGGAAUGAAAUAUGCCAUGAUGGCUAUGAAGACCCUUCUGGCUACAGUAAUUAGACGAUACAAGCUGUUUACUUCAUAUAAGAGUGUGAAGGAUAUUGAGCUAAAAAGUAAUAUGGUUUUAAGGCCCAAAGAUGGGUAUAAGUUGACUUUUGAAUUGAGAUAAUAAAUAAGUAGAUCAAGAGUAUCAUUUUUAUUAAUUA